UAUGAGACUAGGUGUAGCACGCUUCAAAUGUGUAUAUUUAUUUUAUUAGAAUCAAAAGUGUUCUUUUUUUAGUAGUUUGUUAAAUCACUAGUUGAAGGAAAAAGUCUAAAAUUUUGGCGUGAUUAAUUAUCAUAUGUGAUAGAUGUUGUUUUAGUUAGUUUCUCGUAACUAUUUAUCAGCAAUGGCUGAGGAUGGACCCUUUCUGUGCUUAUAGUUCAGAUGGAAUAAACAAUUGUGUACUCUUUAUAGUAACUCUUGAGAAAUGUGGAAAACAAGAGUAGUGUAGACUAAAUGCAUAGGAACUACAUAAACGAUAUCGCCAUCGUUGGAGCGACACGAGUUGGACUCAAUAUAGGAUCUAGAAGAACUAUUAGCGUCGUUGUUGGUCACGAAGACAGCAUAAAACAUUACACGGAGAUCGUCGAUGAUAAGAAGGAUAGUGGACCAACGGUCUUUGGUCGCCGCCUAAAGGAUAUCCCAUGUGCUAAGCAGUGCUUCCUUCGAGGCAUCGGUGGUGGUUUAGGACUCGGAAUCCUUCACUUCAUGUUUACUAGCAACACGAAAUGGUCGACCCACGUUGCCGUAUUAUCAUUUACGGGUAUAGGAUUAACUGAGUGGUUUUACUGCAGAUAUAUGUGGUCAGUGCGAAGAUUUGAACGAGAGAAGCUGAAUUACGCAAUAGAGCUCAAAAGAACCUACGAAGGAACCGAAAAGGCUUCCCUAUUUGAAAAAACGGAGUAGUAGUGCAGUCUACACAGAUAAUCUCAGAAAAAAAUAGUUAUAUUAACAGGUGUGCAAUUACGCAUGUAACAAAUGAAUAAAUGCUAUAAGUAUUUGUAAAUCGAU